AACUGUUAUAACAGGCAGCAGGGGCAUCAGAUCUGUGCAUAGAAGCAGCUAGGUGUGGGCUUUGCGUGUCCACCUCAGUGACCGGUGUGGCCUCAGCUGGCACACAUCCGCACAACUAAUUGCCGAGUCAUCGGGACAGACACGCAGCCCGCGUCGGGACGGUGUGCUCCUGCUCUGCACCGUGUUUAAAGCCCCGCGGGCCGGACAAGUGAUGUCGGCAGCAGUGAAAGACGAAACUACAACACCGAGACACCGCCGCAGGGCUGAAAGGAUCCACGUUACCGUCACAAGUGUCACGGAGAGCAGAGACUUCAUCGUUAGAGGAGACUGCACCGUCAGACAGUUUAAAUGGGGUCUGUCAGAGCACCUGGGAGCCUCAGCAGAAGAGCUGGUCCUGAUCCACUCCAGUCGAGUCCUCAAAGACUCUGAACCCUUGAGUCACCUUAAAGGACUGAAUGGGUCGGUACGCCUCAGCAUGAUCCAAAGGCCUCAGCAUUCAUCUGCUCCACCUCCCACUGACCCAGACCUCCACCCUGAACCGGAUAACAUCACACCUUCCCCUACUUCUCCUCUCUGCCUGGUAGAAGGUCUGGACAGCCUUGUCCUUGAAGACAGCGGGACUAGCUUCUUCCCGGAGCUCCAGCGCCAGAUGGAGAACAGAUUCCUGGUGGACCCAGAAAUGAUGCAUCGUCUCCUGGGCAGCCCCUUUGUGCAGAGCACCCUCUCCACCUCUAGCCCUCAACUUAUCAGAAAGCUCAUUCUGUCUAAUCCCCAAAUUCAGCAGCUCCUGCAAACAAACCCAGAAGUGGAAGAUAUGCUUAACGACAAAGAUGUCAUAACACAGUUGCUGGAGCUCAUCAAGAACCCUGACAUGAUAGAAGAAAUGAUGAACAAUGAGGACAAAGCUUUAGAAAAUUUGCAGUCAGAGCAGGCAAAUCCUGAAGUCAUUACUGACAAUUCUGACCCAGAAGCAAAAUUACAGAAGCAUCCAGAGCUAGGCAUGCAGUCACUGCUAGAAGAGAUCACUGCCAGUCCAGGUCUAUUGGAGAGCCUGCUGUCUGGGCCAUACGUCAGCAGUCUUUUAAACUGCCUUAGCCAGAACCCUGACCUGGCUGCACAGAUGCUUCUGAGCCACCCUUUGUUGGCUGGAAAUCCUGAGCUGCAGCAGCAAAUGAGAAAGGAGAUCCCUGUCUUUCUGCAGCAGAUGCAGGCUCCAGAGCUGCUCUCGGCCAUGUUGAACCCCAGAGCCAUGGAGGCUCUGUUGCAGAUCCAACAGGGCUUGCAUACUCUGGCUGCAGAGGCUCCAGCUCUCAUACCUGCGAAUGCUCUCGGAAACACUGGAACAGGUAUCGGUGCCGCUUCUGAGCAUCCAUCUGACUCCAUUCCGAACAGCCAAUCAGGAAGCGGCCAACAGGCUGCUUCAGCGACAGAGCAGCAGCAGCAGCAGUUUGUACAGCAGAUGCUACAGGCCCUGGCUAACACUAAUAACGAGGUCCAUCACACAGACAGAGAGUUCAAGGAGGAGCUGGAGCAGCUGAGCUCAAUGGGCUUCAGAGACAGGAAGGCGAACCUUCAGGCCCUCAUCAGCACAGGAGGAGAUCUCACCACUGCUAUACAACACCUGCUCAGUCUCUGACACGUAUUCAUCCGUGCACAUAUACACUGCAAAAGAUAAAAACAUAAGAGAAUAAAAAGCCAUACUUACUUGAUGCACUUUCAAAAACUAACUUAUAUCACACACAUAAUGUUAAACUCUGUUUGUUGUCCUACACUUACACUUUAAACUUCAGUCAAACAAAUUAAAGGUCUGAGGAUGGUGAGCGCUGUAUGCAUCUAUGAUAUUGAGGUAUACAGGUACAUGUAAAACUGACUGAGAAGUGAGACAACAGGAGGAGGAUUUUUACAUCCUUAUUGUCCUUGAAGUGUGAGUGUGUGGGUUAAUAUUAGAAACAAGAGAACACAAUGCCUUUCACUGUCUUAUAUGCACCAGUCAUGGUCUGUGUAGACUCAAAAUUCCCCAAAAGUUGAGACACAAUGUAAAAUGUAAAUAACACCAGAAUACAAUGAUUUGCAAAUCUA